GUGUAGCAAUUCAAGAGAGUAGCAAUUGCAAUUAGUUCUAAGUAAACAUUGCGUAAAAUAUACUAAUUGUUAUAAAUAAGCUUUACAACAAAUUAGGGUAAUUAUGUUUAACAAUCAAGUGGUUUAAGUCAAAGUUCAUUACAAAAUAUGUAGCCGUGAAGGUAUUGGAUCUAUAUAACAAAAGUUUUCUGGCAACACUGCAAACAAGAUACAAAACAAACAGACCUACUAACCGUAUAUUUGAAUAUGUCAAAAGUUUUGAGAUUGGGCUCUUUUUUAUUCGCGCUACAUGUGUAUCUGAUUAUUGUUGAUAGUUAAUUAAGGUGUUUAAAUUUUGUUGGAAAAUAUGUCCGAUUCAGAUGAAGUAGUAUCCAGUGACCAAGAGGAAGAGAUUGUCAGUGAGGAAUCGGAAGACGAAGAUACUGACUUACCCAGUGGGGAGCUAUAUGUUGAUGAGUCUAAGGAAGAAAGUUCAGAUGAAAGUAUUAUUGGUAAUAGGCGAAGAAGUACGGGAAGCAAAAAUCGCCGAGCUAUAAUUCAAUCCGAUACUGAUGAUGAUGAAUCGGACCAACGGGCCUUAUCGCCCCGUACUCGUAUGAGUAUUACUGGAAUAAGGCCCAAAGAUUUAUCUGACUCCAGCGAAAUUGAAUAUUCUGAUGCACGAUCGGAUGCAGAAGAUUCUUCUAAACUUUCUGAUGAAAAUUCCAUACAGGCCGAUACAAACACAAUUCAUAAUGAAGCUGAACAUGGUGCUUCAAAAAAUUAUUUCAUAGAUGAAAAAGCAUCAAAAUCGAAUACUACAGAUAGUUCCAUUGCGGAAACAGAAAAAAGCACCAGUUUUGUAGAUAAAUCUAAUGUCGAAUCAACACCACCUUCAGGAACUACAGAAAAAGUAUUCAAUAGACAAGAAACUCCACACAAACACAAUUUAAACAGAUUUAUUGGAGCUGUGGAAUCUCCAUUAAGUUCAGCUCGGUAUAGUAUGCAAUUUGAAGAGGCUAUAAAGGAAAAAUUAUCCUCUACUAUGUAUCAAGCGAGUCCUAAAGAUAAAUAUCGUUCUCAAAUUGAGUCUACUGAUGAAAGUGAUAUAGAAGUUAUAAGUUUUAAGGAGAAAACUAUAGAAAUACUUAGUAGUAGUGAUGAAAGCAAUCUGCAAAAUAUAGAAGUAAAAUCCAAUGCACCUAGCGCGAAUCCAAAACCAGGUUUGGUGCAACCAAAAAUUUCCACCCAAUGGGCUGCCACAUCUGAUAGCAAAAAAGGUGUACUGAAGGAAGUUAAACUUGUCUCUAGGGAAUUUCACGACAAAGAAUUAAAAAAGUUACAAGAACUUAAAAUAGAAUUACACAGUGCAGAAAAAUUGCUGGAAAAAAUAUCGAAGAGCUUACCAGAUGGAGGAAGACAACUUUCACUUCGAAUUGAUCGUUUACGCAAUGACGUUCAUAUUAAAACUCAAUAUAUAAGCACUCUCAAGGUAGAAGAUGAAGAUCCAUCGCCACCUCAGCAGCGGCAGGUACAAAACAAAAUUGAACCCCUAAGUUGGGAUGAUCUUUCUGCAGCUGUAAAUAAAGUGCAUCCCACUCAUACAGGAAAACAGGGUCUGGCUACAUUUAAUGCACAACGAGAACUAACCGUUGAACGACUAAAGGAUAUUCAUAGUUCGUUAAAGUCUUGUCCGGGCGAAGAUGUACUUGCUGAAGAUCCAGAAGGACUACGAAUAACAUUAAUGAAUCAUCAAAAACAUGCUCUAGCUUGGAUGACUUGGCGAGAAAAUCAAAAGCCGCGAGGUGGUAUUCUUGCUGAUGAUAUGGGGUUAGGAAAGACAUUAACUAUGAUAUCACUGGUACUCGCAUUCAAAAAUAAUUCGGAACAAGAAGAAAACAAUAAAAGUGAUUCUGAUAGCGAAGCCGAAGCCGAAGGUUGGGUUUCGAAAGGCAGAAGAGAUUAUUAUCCUGGUGGUACUUUGGUCGUAUGCCCGGCAAGUUUAGUCCGUCAAUGGGAGGAAGAGGUUGACAAUAAAGUCAAACGCCAUAAGCUUACUGUGUGUGUACAUCACGGCAACAAUCGAGAUACCAAACCGAAACACCUACGUACUUACGACAUUGUCGUCACCACAUAUAAUAUCGUAUCACGUGAGCAAAAAUCUCAGGGUGCUCUUUUUGGAAUAAAAUGGCAGCGAAUAAUAUUAGACGAAGCACAUGUUAUACGCAACCAUAAAGCACAAAUGUCAAUGGCUGUGUGUGCAUUGCGAGGAAAAUUCAAAUGGGCCCUUACGGGAACUCCUAUUCAAAAUAAAGAAGCGGAUGCAUACGCGCUUAUUAAAUUUUUACGUUGCUCUCCUUUUGAUGAGCUACCACAUUGGAAGAAGUGGAUUGAUAACAAAAGUGCCGGUGGACAACAACGUUUAAAUGCACUGAUGAAAACUCUUAUGCUUCGUAGAACUAAAGUAAUGCUUCAGGAGCGAGGAACACUCCAAUGUUUACCUGAAAAGCGCACCGAACUUAUUGAAGUCUGUUUAGAUAAAGAAGAAAUGAAUGUAUAUCAAAAGAUUAUGGUGUACUCGCGAACACUUUUUGCUCAAUUUCUCCUUCAGAGAGCUGAACGCAACACGGAUUUUGCUUACAAGGAAGAUGGUAAUAAACCUACGUUUUUACAAACCAAAGAUCCGAACGGUGCAUAUCAUAAAGUGCAUGAAAAGUUUACCAAAUUGCACCGUGAUCAAAAAGAUGUCAAGUCUCAUGAAAUUUUGGUUUUGUUAUUAAGGCUGCGUCAAAUAUGUUGUCAUCCAGGUUUAAUAGAUUCGAUGCUUGACGAUGCUGACAAUGCUGAGAAUAUAGAAAGCGAAAGCGACGACGAGAAACUAAAAAUAGAUUUGUUGGAGCAAUUAAAUAAAUUAGCCAUAGAUGACACAUCAAAAACUCAUAGUAUAGAUGGUGAAGAUGAGCUUAAACCUGAGGAAGAGAUCAUUGCUAAAGCCUCCGCAAAAGUUUUACAACGAAAUAAUCCAGUAUUCAAUAUUAAACGACCGUCAUCUAAAAUUAAAAAGGUUCUUCACAUUCUGAAGACCCGAGUGCUCAAUGGAAAUGACAAAGCUAUUGUUGUCUCGCAGUGGACAAGCGUACUGAAUAUUCUUAAGUCUCAUUUGGAAGAACAGGGCUUCUCUACAUUAUCCCUUAAUGGCACGAUUCCAGUUAAAAACCGACAGGGUAUAGUAACUGAAUUUAAUAGUGCCAAUAAUAACAAACGCAUACUGCUGCUUUCGCUCACCGCGGGAGGAGUAGGAUUAAACUUGGUUGGUGCUAACCACUUGUUAAUGAUUGACUUACAUUGGAAUCCACAGUUGGAGGCGCAAGCUCAGGAUCGUAUUUAUCGUGUGGGGCAAAAGAAAAAUGUGAUUAUAUAUAAAUUUAUGUGUAAAGAUACGGUAGAAGAGCGGAUAAAAGCAUUGCAAGAUCAUAAAAUGUCUAUUGCGGACGGCGUUCUCACCGGAGCACGUUCGACGGAAGGCAGUAAACUUACAAUGGAAGAUCUCAGAGGCCUUUUUGGCAUGUAACCUUAUCUUUGGUCGUUGUUCUUCAUUCUAUUGGAACUUUACACAUAUUCCUUUUGAAAUAAAAAGGAACAUUGUACACCCAUCCGCACAACGUUUAUUUUACCAUACAAAGAAAAUUUUAAAACUAAUCAUAUCAUAAAUAAAAUAACUUUUUUACAAUGACUAUA